AGAUGUCAAUGCUUUUGAUUGUAUAGAUUUGAGACGAUAAGGUGUUUAUUUAACUUCCUGGUUGGAAGAGAAGGCCAGGGAGAGGACAUUUAUAAGUUAAACCCUAAAUGUGACAGGACUAUGGCAUCAAAUUUUGAAUCCUCCAUUCAGAGGGGCUGUGAUUUCAUCCACGAUUUCGUCUGUUCCCCAUGCGAAGAAGAUGACUUGAACACGGAAGCUCAAUAUUUCUGUAAUCAGUGUACGAAAUAUUACUGCGUAAAACUGUGUCCUAGUUCACAACAAGCUAUUCAAGAGACACUCGGUGCUCGACCGGACGGACAUGACGAAAUGGGCAGCAGCACCAGGGAUGGUGGACGUCCUCGAGAGAUGCGAGAGGCACCCCGGGGAGGCUCUCAAGCUGGUCUGUGGUGACCAUGACCAGCUGUGUUGUCCCGUGUGCGUUGCCAUGGAUCAUAGAAACAUGGAUCUACUGACCUCAACCCUCGAAUUCAUGCUGAACACCAUUUCUAGUGAAGAUGAACUGAUGAAUUUUGCCGCUACAUGGGGUAUUCAAGAGGCUUCAACUGUACGGUUACGACUUUUACAGAUACGAAAUCCUGAGUACGGUGGCACCUUUGUCAAUGAAGAACUUGACCUCAUACUUCAACAUUUUGGGGGAGCAUCUACAUCAACUGAUCAACAAAUUUCUUCUGCCAUGAAUGCCGAUUUAGACUUGGCAUUUGAUUAUGUUCAAGAACAAGAUGAAGUGGAGGGUGCCGUUCAAGCUAUUUUGUUUGACGAUGAAAUAGAAGAGGCAUCACAUGUUUGUGUUGAAGACGGCCCAUGGAGUCCGGUGACAGCUGUUCAAUGCGGAGCAGGAGACGAACCGGGUCCGUCCAAUAGAUCCGACCAUCUCCACAAGGCCCAUCACAUGAAUUGGAUACACCUAAACUAAAGUAUACUAUAAGAAAGAAAGGUGUGCGAACCUUUGCCAAAAAUGCGGCAAAGGAUACGACCUAUGAAGUCAAGAUAGAUGAAGAGUAUCACGGUCAACGUCUCCACGAUGUACGAAUUGGUCUUCACCAAAUGUUUGACGAUCUGUUAGGUCAGGCGCGGGGGAAUUUAGCGGGAAAUGGUUUGGGUAGGGUCAUCAUUCAUCACGGGGGACUCCACGAUCCGAUCAUUAUUCCAUUACAGAAAUGGAGUGAACUCUGUGCCGAUGUGGUCAUGUCUACUAUCGAAAAGGUACUUAAUAGUAACCAGGGGUUGGCUAUUGACUCAAGUUUUGAAAUAACUAUAGGAUCGAUCAAUUUACCCAAAGGAGGCACUAGACAAAGAAUCAUUAAACUUAAAGGAAAAAAUAAUUCUUUACAACUCAAAACUUCCAUCGUGACUAUAGAAAAUGAAGAUCAACUGUGUAUGGCCAGAGCUAUAGGGGUCAGCUGGGCAAAAUUAAAUAGAUGUUCACCGGAAGAAUGGAAAGAGAUUGUCAAAAACAGAGGAAAGAAAAGUAAUUUGGAACUGAUUCUGAAACACAACAAGGUUCCAAAAAGUUAUUUUUCGAAUUUGCUGAUAAACAAACGAAAUGAGCAGAGACAACUUGCAGUCAUACUCAGUCGAAUGGCGAAUGUACCUCUGGAUUGCCCAGCCAGUCUCAGUAACAUAGAAGCCUUUGAAGAAGUUCUUGGUGUGAAAAUAAUGAUAAUCAGCGCCCGAUUAGGUAACAAAUUUAUCACCAACCCUAAUACAGGCGAACACCCGUGUAUAUAUCUGUAUUUGGUCGACGACAAUCAUUUUAACGCCAUAACCAGUAUCACCGGAUUCUUCAGCGCAAGAUACUUUUGUGACAAAUGUCUCAAACACUACAACAAUCUAGAAAGACAUGAAUGUGAGAUUAAAUGUCUUGUAUGUAAGAAGGACAACUGUCUCAUGUCAGAAAACACCGUGAUAUGUAAAGACUGUAACAUGAAAUGCCGAUCGCAAGAGUGCUUCGAUAGACACCGUCAAGGACCAGAGGGACUUAACCGUCAGCGAGAUGACGACCAAAGUAAAGAGGUGUCACAGUGUGAGACAUUCUGGAAAUGUCGUACCUGUUAUAAAGUCAUAAAUAGGACAAAGCGUAAUAUAAAAGAUCAUAGAUGUGGAGAAUACUUAUGUAAUUCUUGUAAAACAUAUGUGCUCGAAGAUCAUCUCUGCUUCUUGAGAGCUACACCAUACAAACAAAACGAUUCUAAAUUUAUCUUUUUUGAUUUUGAAUGUACUCAAGAUGAAGUAUUAGAAUGUCAAGAAGGAUACCGUCCAGUUGAGUGUGAACACAGUCAACCAGAUUGUAAUACUUGCCUUAAAUGUCAGAACUGUAAGUCUUCUUGGUGUGGAAAGUCGACUCAUCGACCCAAUUUUGUUGUCGCCCAAACAGCAUGUGAUGAAUGUAAAGACGAGGCGCCAGACACACCGUGUAAAAAAUGUGGAGAUCGUUGCGAAAACUGUCAGAAAGAGGAAAAGGAACCUUGUUUGCCGAGUUGCGGACAGCGUGAAUUUAUUUUUGAAGGUUGUGAGACGUUGGAAACCUUUGGGACCUGGUUAUUUUCACCUCAACACAAACACUAUAAAGCCAUUGCUCACAAUAUGAAAGGAUAUGACGGUUAUUUUCUACUUGAGUAUCUCAUUGACCAGUCCAUACGCCCGAACAAAAUCAUUUACAGUGGUUCAAAAAUUAUGUAUAUGACGAUAGAAAAAGGUCUUAACAUCACAAUUAUAGACAGUUUGAAUUUUCUCCCCAUGAAGCUUGCUGCCCUGCCAAAGACGUUUGGCUUAACAGAGAUGAAAAAGGGUUGGUUUCCUCACUUAUGCAACACUAGGGAAAACCAGACUUAUAUUGGACCGUACCCAGACGCUAAAUAUUACGGAUAUGAUUUCAUGAGUGCCAGAGAACGAGAAGAAUUGUUGGCUUGGCUCGAUUCUAAGAAAGAAGAGACCUUUGACUUCCGAAAAGAAAUGCUUGAGUAUUGUCGUAGUGACGUUGAUAUUUUAAGAAAAGCUUGUUUAACCUUAAAAGAUUUGUUGAAAACCGCCACGCAGACUUCUGCCUUAUUAACGAAAAAGAAAAAGGGCAAGAUUGUUAAAGAGAUGUGUCCCGUCUCUGUUGACCCCUUUAACUAUUCAACCAUCGCUUCCGUUUGUAUGGGUAUCUUCAAAACCAAGUUUUUUGAAGAAGAAUGGGAGGUCAAAAUCAAUGACGCCAAAGAGUGGACACCUGCCCGAUACAUUGACGGUAACUUAGAAAUUCUGAAGAACGAUACUUGGAUUAAAGAAGGGCAUCUAGAAGACGACAUUAUCAAAACUAAACGGUUUAUAAAAUCUCCUAUUGCUCAAAUUCCGUCUGUCAGAAAAGACAGUUUCAGUCGGAUGUCUCUACAGUGGCUGGAGUUGAUGUCCAAACAAGAUGGUAUCACUAUUCAACACGCUCUCAAUGGCGGAGAAAAGACAUUACCGGGAACACGGUACAAAUUGGAUGGCUACUGUGCCGAAACCAAUACGGCUUACGAGUACCACGGUUGUGUCUUUCAUGGUUGUCCCGUCUGUUACGCAGAGGACACAAUUCACCCA